AUGGCAGCCCGAUCAGCGCAAUUUGAAGGCAGUGCGGUCCACCGUAAUCAAUUUGCAGGCGUGAAAGACUACUGGCAACGAAAGCAAACGCAGCAACAACAACAACAGCAGCUGCAACAGAGUCAUCACCAACCACAACAACAAUGGCAACCACAACAACGGCAACAACGGCAACAACAACCGCAGCAUUACUACAAAGAAGAACCACUAGAACAACACGAGGAGCACUUGCAGUUUCCGUCGCCUCAAAAAACCCUGCCGGCAUCCACUCUAGACAAGUCGGACAUUCGAAAGGACUGGAGAAAACAUGGCAAGGUGUACCGAGCCAAGCUGAUUGUGGAAGAUGAACAGAAGGGGGGGAAUGCCUUUGUCUUGUCGAAUCAAUGUUCGAUUGAUCGUUAUUAUCGGGUGGCUGAUCGGGUUCUGGACGAGUUUCUAUCAACGAGUAGCGCUUCCAGUAAUGCCGAAGAAGUGUCCGAAGCCUAUUUAGUGGGCAACCGUCUAGUCAAGUUUCUAUCCGUAGUCCUUCCCACCCACAAUGAGUAUCUGUCACAGGAUCCCGAAUUGACCAGUUGCCGGAUCCGAUCGCAAGAACAACUCAUUGAUUUGCUGCAGUACAUGGAAGAACUAUCCUUGAUUGUCGACGAAAUUCAAUACAAUUUGUACAUUCUCAGUGAUUUGACUCCCUCGAAAAAGAACCUUUCUGUCGAUUGGACCGAGUCUACCGCCAAUGAUACGUCCUUUGAGAGCAUUUCUUCCACUGACUCGAAGCAAUUGGAAGAACGAGUAGCAGCAGUCCUUGUCGCUUCCGAUAGGAAACUUACACCAGUCAACGAAGUACUGUCCAAACAACCGAAAAGUCCCGCAUUGUCGCCCAUUCGACCGCGCAAGACGACCUCGUUUCGAAAAAAGGUCCCGGAACGGAGCUUUGAAGAUGACUUUUUCAAUGGCGACAAUUCCAUUAUUGACGACUGUGAUAUCAAGACGGCUGACUUUUCGGCGGAUGAUGAGGAUGUCUUUGCUGGCUUUGAUAUCAAGUUUGACAAUGUCCUGGACAAGGAUUUUGACGAUGCCUUUAAUGACAACUUUACGAGGCAAAAUGCUCCCAAAAAUCACUUUGACGAAGUCUUUGAUGAAGGGUUUGGACAACAAGCCGAUAACAAGUGGUUCUCUUCCGAGACGGCACAAAACGCUUCCAACAACAACGACGACUAUUGGUUUCAAGAGCAUCAGAAUAUUUCCUUUGCCACUAGUCCGGACCGAAAGAAGACGACUGGUAGUAGUAGGCAAACGGCAAAUUCCACCAUUCCAAGGCUUCAACCACCCAGAGAUGCGAUUCCACGGCAUUUAUUGUCGCAGGCGACUCGGGUUCAUUUUUCGGAAAAUCCUCGGUACAUGGAACCGGCCUUGUUCAAUCGAUCCAACUCUCUCAUGGAUCAAUAUGGUGUAGAGCCAGCGCCAUUGUCCAAGAUUGAGGCACGGCUGGAGGAAGCAAAGCGCGUGGAACAAGAGUUUGCCAAGAUGGACGCGAUACAUCAACAGCAACUGACGACUGGAAAUUCCAAUAAACGAUUAUUGCAACACUUUAAGGGAUGUGUGAAAUUCAUGGUCGACUAG